AUGUCCGACCUCAACCUUCCAUCGUGGAAAGAUCUGCCCCCCGUAGAGGGCAUGCCCCAUGGUUGUGCCUGGGGUUUAUUCGACAAGGACGGUGUUCGAGACGAAAUUGGCACAUUAAAUCUCCUUACUCCCGCAACGGUCGUCAGGGCCCGGGAAGAGAUCCGGACUGGGAAAAGUGUCGUUCUGAAUUGGCCCAUUGACCAUGUUCAUGAACCAGGAUUUGGCCGGAUCAAGCCUGUGGUAAACAUCACUGAUUGGCGAACUAAAGGCUCUCCCUGGUAUUCGUACGAUGAUGAGAUUAGUAUCAAUACUCAGUCUGGAAGCCAGUGGGAUGGUCUAAGACACUGGGGUCAUAGCGGCACAGGGCUGUACUAUAAUCGCAUACACCACGACGAGCUUUUGCGAACAGACCGCAUUGGGAUUGAUCACUGGAGCAAACGCGGAGGUAUCGUCGGCAGAGGCGUCCUCCUCGAUUAUGUUGCCUAUGCAGCUCGACACAACAUCAAAUACCAUGCUAUGACCCGGCACCGAAUUACCUUGGACGUCCUGAAGGAUAUUGCCAAAGAACAGAACGUGACCUUCCAUCCCGGAGACAUUUUACUCGUCAGGUCGGGUUGGAUACGCUGGUACAACGAGCACAGCCCGGAAGAGCGGGUGGCCAAAGUCAAGAAUGGAUCGGAAUAUGUGGGUGUUGAGGGAUCAGAGGAAGUAGUGCAAUGGCUCUGGAAUUCUCAUUUUGCAGCUGUCGGUGGCGAUGCCAUUGGGUUUGAAGCGUGGCCACCACAAUUGCCGUGGUGUCUGCACGAUUUUAUCCUUGCACUCUGGGGCAUGCCUCUUGGCGAAUUAUAG